AGUGCCUGUCGUCUACUCAACGUUAAAGACAUUUUUUUUUUUUGGACAAACACCAGAAGAGCGAAGUAUGGACAAGGCUAGUAACAGCCGAGCAGAUGAUACAGAGGACGGGGAUUCGACAAAUAAGAAACCUGCAAGUCUUGUUGAAGAACAUAAUGCAGGUCAAAGGCAAGAUCCAUAUAAGAAACCCGUUAGUCCCCUUCCCAUGUGUAUACACACAGACGAGAGCAAUGGCAGACUAAACCGAAAUACAAAACCUGCUAGUGGAGAAAGGCUGUCUAUAAACAAUGAAGAAGAUGAUGUUACACAGUCUAUAGAGAAGAAGCCCGUUAAUACAGGGUAUUCUGAAAUCACCAGCGUUCGAGUACCUGAUAGUAGGCAAACCAUAAAGAAAGGCCUUCGUGCCACUAGUGGAGAUGAGGUGUGUACAGAUCUACCCAAAGAAGAAUAUGAUGUUAGACAAAUUGCAAAGAGGAAACCCGCAAGUGCGCGUGAUGCUGGACAGACAAAUGACCGAGUACCUGCCAGUGUGUAUAGGUCACGUGAUCAGUUGGUAGUGGAGAUACAUAAAGAGGAUCUCUACACACUGGGCUUGUUCUCCCAACAGUUGCCCUGCACUUUUCUCCGUCAACGAGAUUACCGUGACAACGUGACGUCACUGGUGUCAAUGACGUCAGCAGAUGACCGGUGUGAACGCGUUACUAUGGAUCUCUGCGUUGUGGAAAAUGAAAGUGAAACAAAAAUCACGUCAAUAUGUUAUUCUAACGCAUUCCAGACCGUAGAAAACCAGUGUGAACAAGUUACUCUGGAUGUUAGGGUUGAGGAAAAUACACGUGGAAUGACGUCACUGCAUGACUUUAAGAGUAGACUGGUAGACAGUGAAUUUCAGACAGGAGAAGAACAGUGUAAAUGCGUUACGCGGGAUUUCAGCAUUUUGGUUAAUGGAUCCGAAACUAAAAUGACGCGUUUAUGCGACUCCGACAAAUCCCAGGCAAUUGAUGAUUCAGUUGGUGGAAAAUCUGAACUGAAGUCUAUGACUUCUCCUUCAGGAUGUAACACAAGACGAAAUAACAACGAGGAUGACAGAUUUGCUUAUGCAAAAAGUUGCUGUUCCGAUAGAGAAAUUGUAAUGACAAAUUCACAAAGUAGAGCAGCCAUGCUGUCUAGUUCUCAACCCACCUCCACACAGACACGACCCUGGUCACCACCAGAUGCCUCUAAAGUAGCCAUGUUAUCUGAUUCUCUACCCCCCUCCACCCAAACAAGACCCUUAUCAUCACCAAAUACCUCUGAUACAGCUAUGGUGCCGAGUUCCAACAGACCAUUGCUAGAAGCAGAAUGUGCCUAUUCCUCGCCAAAACGCUGUCUGUCGUGUCCCCCGUUAACAGCAAAACGUUAUCUUCCGCAUUCCGUAAUUACGGCAGACCAUCAUGAAAACUCACCCAAAAGGAGACGUAUGUCCAGUGAUACAAAAAGUCGCAUCCUUCCAAAGUUGUCGGAAUGCCUUUUGCCAGACUUUUACAAAACAGCUCAUGAUAGCUUUAAAUGUAAUCUUGUGCCUGGCGAUCAACAGAUGUCCUUAACAGAUUGUGAAACACCCACAUGCAAAAACUCACAGCUGUAUGCAGCUUGCGACAACGCAGUCGUCAACAACGUCUAUAAUCACUACGGUUAUUUUGCACCUUCCUCCAUGUUAACUGGUCUUAGAGUUCCGCCGUUGAUGCUUGUGCAUCGUGGUCCCAAUCUGGUACAGCUGGUGACCACGGAAACGAAGACCGAAAUUGAUAGUGAUGAGGAGAACAGUAACAACGAUGGAGGAAAGAUGAGGAGCAACUGCAGUAAUACGUUACCUUCUUCUGUAUCGCCUUCUCCUGAAAGGAACCAGGUACUUAACUGCGGCAACACUGUACCUGUUAAAGCAGACUGUUCCAGUACUGACGUUAGGCGGUCAUCUGGAUGUAGUUAUCUGGCUGGAACUGGUCACAAUAAGACGUCUGGGACUUGCGCUACAAGCGACAAUAUUGGCAGCAGUUUUUCAUUAUCUCAAGAUGAAACUCACGAUCAGAAUACUAACAUAAGUUCAUAUGAAUUGUUAGAACAAACGAAAUAUGCGUAUCAGAUGGAGAACUCCACACCUGAAAGACCACAAGAGAGCGCAUUUGGUUCUUUAAGGAAAGACACCAGCGCUUCUUCGUGUGGCCAGACUCCAAUUAACAAAGAUAAGCUGACCCUGGCUAACAUAAAACGGGAACCAAUAGAAGAGAUAUUUGCUGAUGAAGGCAACCUGAUUUUGGAGGCAUCCGAGCAGACUGUAAUUAAUGUAGAUGAGAAAAGACUUCAGGAGAUAUGUGGGACUCCCACUGAUAACAUGUCAGUUAAGGACAGAUAUAAACUUAACAAGUUUUUAUCUACAACACAUUUCAAAACUGAGAAACAAAUUGAACAUGAAACUGACAUUGCAUCCAUCGACAGUAGUUCUGCAGGUAAAAGUACAACGAACACGAGAAACAUACACACAGGGGAGAAAACUCUAAAUGAAAACCGGAUGAGAAAACGUCCAGAUAGGUCUACAUUUGAUCUGAGUCGAUCCAUCGUUGACCAGUACCUGGAAACUGAUCACCAAACAUCAAACAGUCUAGAUGUGGCUACGAGUUCCGACUGUAAAUCCACUGCUACUUGCUCCAGUGAUCUGACACACAAAGAUCGGACAGUUGAAGACAAAACCAGCUCCCUGAAGGCAUUUCUUUGCUUCGUUUGCCAGCGACAGUUUGGAAAAAGGAAAUACCUCCAAAGACAUCUGAAAAGAGUGCAUGCUGUACACAACGACAAGACUGUUACUCGAUGUUCUGUUUGUGGGAAAUGUUUUACAACCAAAUCCUGUUUCGAAGACCACGUGAGCAGUGAUCAUUCUUCCACGAACGAUAACUCGUUGACACCAGUGGUUUGUCCUUAUUGUGGAGAGAUCCUUCCUGGCAGUGUUCGGUACAGAUCGCACCUGGAGGAGCACCUCUCGAAAACACACUUCGUCUGCCCGUUCCCCGGGUGUCAGAAAUCACUCUAUAGAAAAUGCAAUCUGACGCAACACGUCAAGAAGGUUCACUUGACAAAAGAUAAAUCGGCUGACAGAAAACUGUGCCCGUCUGUGCAGGAUGAGGCGAGUCUUAAACACAGACCGUUCCCGUGCACGUGGCCCAACUGUGGCAAGUUGUUCAGCGCUAGGCGGAACUUGUCUAUACACAUGCGCAUUCACAACGACGAGAAACCGUUUUCGUGUCGAUAUUGUGAGUACCGAUGUAGGCAAACGGCAGCGCUCAACUGGCAUUUGAUGAAACACGGAAUUAACAAAUAUGAAAAACAUGGCCCGAAGAAAGGAACUAAGGGCACCUCAAGUGAAACUCGUUAAUUCUGACAAUACAAUAUUAAUAUGACGCACAUGACCAGGUUGGUAAUGCUGGUGCUUGUUUUGGUUACCCUGAGUGGUUACGUGCAUUUCACGGAUGGUAGCGACGGAUGUGAAGCCGACUGUUCUGCCGGUGUACUGCAAUGCGAGCGCAAGCGUGGGUGCGUCAAGCCAAGGAUUUCACACAAACCAGGGUUUUUCACAGCUCUCCAGGCAUACCACGCAUGUGUGGCGCCCUAUUUUGAAGCCGUGGGCAUCUGCAAAGCUGACUGUCCUUGAAGAAAAUCCUACCAGGGUGGGCAGCUGCCCCUUUCCCCAGAUAAACAGUUGGAAAAAAAAAAAAAAAUGUAUUACUAUGUCCUGAUAUUGUUUGUUUUUGUUGUUUGUUUUUAGGGGAGGAAUGAAAGUGAAAAUAAAAUAUA